AACAUUUAUUGUUAUUUUUAUUUUAUUUUUUUUCAUAUCGCAUGAGUCAUGAUAUCCUUAUUGUCAUCUUUCUUUCUUUUUUAUUCUUAUUGCCGGUGCUUCAACUACGAUUGCUAUCGUCAUCUUUUAUUUAUUCUUAUUGGUAUCAUUGCUACUAUUACUUAAUUUCACCAUUUGACAUACAUGAUCUUCCCUUGUUUUCUUGUUUUCUCAUGCUCACAUACUUCUUCCUGCUCUCCCCCUCCCCCCUCUCACCCUCGCUCACUCUCACUCUCACUCUCACUCUCACUCUCACUCUCACUCUCACUUUCACUCUCACUCGCUCGCUGCUGCUCUUCAACAUGAUUGCACGAAUCACAUUUUUAGCUCUUUGCAUGGCUUAGUAACUUAGUUUUAUUUAUCAUGUGGUAAUUUUACUAUAUUCUUAACAUGAUGAAGUACACAGAUCUACAGAGCUCGUGCAAAGAGAGUACUUGUCCUCAUCCAUGUUUCAAACACAACAUAACAAGAGUAAUUAGAUCUAUACUCUAGUCUCCGAUUGUCAUUAUGCACUUAACUUAUAGGAGGUAUAUGCAUUAUUCCUUCGGACAAGUACGAUUUAUAGGACGAGACUUUACCUAUGACGGGAGG